AUGAAGGUGGCUUUCAAGGUUAAGACAGCUGAAGGUUCAUGCCCCGAUAUUGAAGGUUCCCCAGUAACAGGCGAUGCAUCUACGACAACAUUUUUUGCAAAAAUUCAAAAUUACACAAUAACAUUUAUCGGGACUUUUGAGAAGUUUUCAAUGAGCCGAUGUGAGGAAGGAUGGGCAUUCUUCAAAAGAGAAUCCGUUAAUUGGUGUUUUACUUCUGUUACAAAAACUGAUGUAACAUAUUCUGCAGCAGAGGCUUCUUGCGUUCAGUUUGGUGCCACUUUGAGUGGGUUGGAAAGUCAAUUAGAAGCCAAUGCAGUCGUUUCUAUUCUCCAAACUUCUCGAAGCCAGAAGCAACUUCAGUCAAUUUACAUGAGAAUUGAUGGGCAACGAACCGAAGAGUGCCAGGAAACACCUACAACAGAAAAUUGCAUGAGCAUAGACGGAUUAACAAGGCAUGACAAAGGUGUAAAAAACUUUGAUGCCUACCAAUUUAUGACUGAUUCCUCAGCUGGCGCCACAGAUGGCAAAAAUUGUAUGGUUUCAGUUUGCGAUGGGGUAAACGAUGGAAAAAUUGAAUUUGCAGAAUGCGAAAUAUCCACUUCAUACUCGAUUUCGUAUAUGUUAUGUGGCUGUAGAAUAGACAAUGUUUCCAUGCAAUUUAUUGUCCCUACUCUUAAAUAA